CAACAGUGUCCGGUCGGUGAGAACACAAACAAGAUGGCGACCAAGAUUUAACAUAGGAAAUAUUUUUUAUCGGGGUGGUAAACUCAGAAUCAACAUUUGUCUGUCUGUCUUCGGGAGAGAGAUCUAACUGCCAUCCUGGAAGUCAUCCACCGCCCUGUCCCUCUGCCAUUCGACUGGACUGUUGUGAAGACUUCCUCUACCAUCAUGUCUACCGCUGCAGUAGCAGACAGAGGUUCCGUCCGUCCAGUCAGGGGCCCCGGCGACGGCAUGGAGACAGACAAGCCCCCAGUCGCUAAGGAGAUCGGUGCCAUGGAUACACCUCUGUCUUCGGUGCCACUACUUAAGGUAGCUAGUCCCAAACAAAGCCCCAAGAAGACGCACCCUGCCCCCGCCAGCCUCCAGCACAGCCCCCACUCCACCCCCCAACAGAGCCCCAGAGCCAGUCCCAGAGCCACCCCGUCUGCCCCCCAGCCCCACGGGGUGCUCCACCUGGGGAAGGUUCCCCGGGAGGCCUGCAUGGUGGUGGAGGCGGUGAGGAUCGUUGUUCCCCGUGCCGCCAUCAGCCGGAGUGGGGGUCAUGUGGGUCCGGCUGAGGAGAAAGGAGAGGCCUGGGCUGGGCAGCAGAUGGAGGAGCGGCCCCCCUCUCCCUCCCCUCCUCUGGAGGACCUGAGAGGAGCCAUGGAGAAGCUGCAGAACUCAGAGAGAAGACUGCUGCAGGACAAGGAGGGGCUCCUCAACCAGCUCCACGUGCAGACUGAGGUGAACAGAGAGUUGAAGAAGCUGCUGGUAGCCUCUGUAGGUGAUGACCUGCAGUACCAUUUUGAGCGUCUGGCCAGAGAGAAGAACCAGCUGAUCUUAGAGAACGAGGCUUUGGGUCGCAGCCGGGCCUUCACAGCAGAACAGCUGGAACGCAUGUCUAUACAAUGUGAUGUCUGGAGGAGCAAGUUCCUAGCGUCCAGAGUGAUGGCGGAGGAGCUGACCAAUGCCAGGGUUUCUCUCCAGCACCAGACCAGAGAGGCUCAGAGCGCCAUCACAGACCUGCUGAGUGAGAGAGACGAGUUCUCUAGAGACAUGAUGCUAACCCACAGGUCUCUGGAGCAGCUGCUGGUCUCUCUCCAGUGGGGUCGACAGCAGACCUACUACCCCAGUGGCCAGCCACUCAGCACGGGAGAACUAGCCCUAGCCAAUCACAAGCUGGCGGACGCCAUCAACUCCCGCCUGCUGGGGAAGGUUGGGCCAGCAGGGAGCAGCAGUGGAGCCGGGCUGGGAAAAGGAAGACAGGCCUCAGAGCUCCCUAACACCUCACACACGCCGGCUGAGAAGAUGGCUGAGAAGGUGUUGAAGAUCCUGGACCCUAUUUCCUGUUCAGACAACGAGGAAGAAACCUCCCCCCUCUCUAUCUCUGACUCCUCCCCCUCGGCCUUCCUGACCAAUAAGAAGAGCAUCGGCCGGUUCCACCCUUACACUCGCUAUGAGAACAUCACCUUCAACUGCUGCGAGCGCUGCAGCGGAGACAUCCUGGUACUCUAGGGGUCAGAGGGCAGGGGUCGUGACCUUUAACCUGGACAGGUCAACGCAGGCCGCUGUGAGGAACACCAGUCGGCUCUCUCUCCGUCGAACCGUCUGGUUUCACAGCGGCCUCAGAGCGGGACUUGACUGGAAGCACGGCAGAAGCUGACGAAACAACCGUUGAUUUUAAUUGGCUGAUGUCUCAGUCCGUCACCGUCUCAUAACUCUUAGAACCUCCCACGACAUUGUGGGCUUCAGAACGUGAGCAGAGCAAGUGAUUUAAACAAGGAAGUGAGUUCGGAGAAUCUGAAAGUAUUCCAUCUUAGAAUCAAUUGGGCUUCCCAAAAAUAAUAUGGUCAAAAUUAUAUAGCACGUGUCAAAGUCAUUCCACGGACGGCCGAGUGUCUGUGGGUUUCUGGUCCUUCCUUGUACUUGACUGGUGAAUUGAGGUACCUGAUUAGUAAGCAACUCCCUUCACCUGGUUGUCUAGGUUACUAAUUAGUAAGGAACUCCCCUCACCUGGUUGUCUAGGCUACUAAUUAGUAAGGAACUGCCCUCACCUGGUUGUCUAGGUUACUAAUUAGUAAGGAACUGCCCUCACCUGGUUGUCUAGGUUACUAAUUAGUAAGGAACUGCCCUCACCUGGUUGUCUAGGUUACUAAUUAGUAAGGAACUGCCCUCACCUGGUUGUCUAGGCUACUAAUUAGUAAGCAACUUCCCUCACCUGGUUGUCUAGGUUACUAAUUAGUAAGGAACUGCCCUCACCUGGUUGCCUAGGCUACUAAUUAGUAAGCAACUUCCCUCACCUGGUUGUCUAGGUUACUAAUUAGUAAGGAACUGCCCUCACCUGGUUGUCUAGGCUACUAAUUAGUAAGCAACUUCCCUCACCUGGUUGUCUAGGUUACUAAUUAGUAAGGAACUGCCCUCACCUGGUUGUCUAGGUUACUAAUUAGUAAGGAACUGCCCUCACCUGGUUGCCUAGGCUACUAAUUAGUAAGCAACUUCCCUCACCUGGUUGUCUAGGUUACUAAUUAGUAAGGAACUGCCCUCACCUGGUUGUCUAGGCUACUAAUUAGUAAGCAACUUCCAUCACCUGGUUGUCUAGGUUACUAAUUAGUAAGGAACUGCCCUCACCUGGUUGUCUAGGCUACUAAUUAGUAAGCAACUUCCCUCACCUGGUUGUCUAGGUUACUAAUUAGUAAGGAACUGCCCUCACCUGGUUGUCUAGGCUACUAAUUAGUAAGGAACUUCCCUCACCUGGUUGUCUAGGCUACUAAUUAGUAAGGAACUGCCCUCACCUGGUUGUCUAACUCUUUGAGAGAGGUUACACCAGACCUGUCAUUAGACAGUCAUUCAUAAGGGAGGGAGGGAGAAACAUUUUAAGACUGUUGGGACUAGCUUUUAGCUAGUGAGUCAUGACAUCAUGAUGCCCUCAGUGUUAGAGACAGCAUCUAUUGAGAGAACCCUGCUGAAGACUAGUGAGUCAUGACGUCAUGAUGCCCUCAGUGUUAGACAGCAUCUAUUGAGAGAACCCUGCUGAAGACUAGUGAGUCAUGACGUCAUGAUGCCCUCAGUGUUAGAGACUGCAUCUAUUGAGAGAACCCUGCUGAAGACUAGUGAGUCAUGAUUCCCUCAGUGUUAGACAGCAUCUAUUGAGAGAACCCUGCUGAAGACUAGUGAGUCAUGACGCCAUGAUGCCCUCAGUGUUAGACAGCAUCUAUUGAGAGAACCCUGCUGAAGACUAGUGAGUCAUGACGUCAUGAUUCCCUCAGUGUUAGACUGCAUCUAUUGAGAGAACCCUGCUGAAGACUAGUGAGCCAUGAUGCCCUCAGUGUUAGACAGCAUCUAUUGAGAGAACCCUGCUGAAGACUAGUGAGUCAUGACGUCAUGAUUCCCUCAGUGUUAGAGACAGCAUCUAUUGAGAGAACCCUGCUGAAGACUAGUGAGUCAUGACGUCAUGAUGCCCUCAGUGUUAGAGACAGCAUCUAUUGAGAGAACCCUGCUGAAGACUAGUGAGUCAUGACAUCAUGAUGCCCUCAGUGUUAGACAGCAUCUAUUGAGAGAACCCUGCUGAAGACUAGUGAGUCAUGAUUCCCUCAGUGUUAGACUGCAUCUAUUGAGAGAACCCUGCUGAAGACUAGUGAGUCAUGACGUCAUGAUUCCCUCAGUGUUAGACUGCAUCUAUUGAGAGAACCCUGCUGAAGACUAGUGAGUCAUGAUGCCCUCAGUGUUAGACAGCAUCUAUUGAGAGAACCCUGCUGAAGACUAGUGAGUCAUGACGUCAUGAUGCCCUCAGUGUUAGACAGCAUCUAUUGAGAGAACCCUGCUGAAGACUAGUGAGUCAUGAUUCCCUCAGUGUUAGACAGCAUCUAUUGAGAGAACCCUGCUGAAGACUAGUGAGUCAUGACGUCAUGAUUCCCUCAGUGUUAGACAGCAUCUAUUGAGAGAACCCUGCUGAAGACUAGUGAGUCAUGACGUCAUGAUUCCCUCAGUGUUAGACUGCAUCUAUUGAGAGAACCCUGCUGAAGACUAGUGAGUCAUGAUUCCCUCAGUGUUAGGCAGCAUCUAUUGAGAGAACCCUGCUGAAGACUAGUGAGUCAUGACGUCAUGAUUCCCUCAGUGUUAGACUGCAUCUAUUGAGAGAACCCUGCUGAAGACUAGUGAGUCAUGAUUCCCUCAGUGUUAGACUGCAUCUAUUGAGAGAACCCUGCUGAAGACUAGUGAGUCAUGAUGCCCUCAGUGUUAGAGACAGCAUCUAUUGAGAGAACCCUGCUGAAGACUAGUGAGUCAUGACAUCAUGAUGCCCUCAGUGUUAGACAGCAUCUAUUGAGAGAACCCUGCUGAAGACUAGUGAGUCAUGAUUCCCUCAGUGUUAGACAGCAUCUAUUGAGAGAACCCUGCUGAAGACUAGUGAGUCAUGACGUCAUGAUUCCCUCAGUGUUAGACUGCAUCUAUUGAGAGAACCCUGCUGAAGACUAGUGAGUCAUGAUUCCCUCAGUGUUAGACUGCAUCUAUUGAGAGAACCCUGCUGAAGACUAGUGAGUCAUGACGUCAUGAUUCCCUCAGUGUUAGACUGCAUCUAUUGAGAGAACCCUGCUGAAGACUAGUGAGUCAUGAUUCCCUCAGUGUUAGACUGCAUCUAUUGAGAGAACCCUGCUGAAGACUAGUGAGUCAUGACGUCAUGAUGCCCUCAGUGUUAGAGACAGCAUCUAUUGAGAGAACCCUGCUGAAGACUAGUGAGUCAUGAUUCCCUCAGUGUUAGACUGCAUCUAUUGAGAGAACCCUGCUGAAGACUUGAACUCAGGCUAAGAUGCUAUUUAUCAAAUGAAAUGUCGUGUAUAUAGAAAUGCAUUCCUCAAUGGUGUUAUGAUUGUGAAAGCUUUAUUUAACUUGGCAAGUCAGUUAAGAACAAAUUCUUAUUUACAAAGACGACCUACAGGGGCAGAACGACUGAUUUUAACCUUGUUCAGCUCGAGGAUUCGAUCCAUCAACCUUUCGGUUACUUGCCCAUCUCUCUAACCACUAGGCUACCUGCCUCCCAAGCAGUAUGAUUGAUUCACCAUCAGGUUUUUUAUUUAUUCUGAGGGUUAUAUUUAUUGAAUUGAUCUGAUGAGUAUUGUAGAUGUGUGGAAACAGGAGAGGCAGGGCUGUGGUCAGAGGAUGUUUCUGACAGACAGAAGGUUGUAGAUGUGUGGAAACAGGAGAGGCAGGGCUGUGGUCAGAGGAUGUUUCUGACAGACAGAAGGUUGUAGAUGUGUGGAAACAGGAGAGGCAGGGCUGUGGUCAGAGGAUGUUGCUGACAGACAGAAGGUUGUAGAUGUGUGGAAACAGGAGAGGCAGGGCUGUGGUCAGAGGAUGUUUCUGACAGACAGAAGGUUGUAGAUGUGUGGAAACAGGAGAGGCAGGGCUGUGGUCAGAGGAUGUUGCUGACAGACAGAAGGUUGUAGAUGUGUGGAAACAGGAGAGGCAGGGCUGUGGUCAGAGGAUGUUUCUGACAGACAGAAGGUUGUAGAUGUGUGGAAACAGGAGAGGCAGGGCUGUGGUCAGAGGAUGUUUCUGACAGACAGAAGGUUUUUAGUUGAAAGGUAAAAGGUUCCCUACAUAUUCAAGGUGUUUCUGGAUUCUUUGCAGAGGGGAAGUGACCCGAAGAUGUUGCUGUAUCGUCCGUUUGCACUGGGAGGAGGCAGAAAGGCAGCGUUUCUGCUGUCCAGUGAGAUUCGAGCAGAAAUCAUCUGAUACCCAAUGAUAUUAGAUCUAUAUUUGUGUGGAAUACUUCAGGAAGGACCCCUGGACUUUGUCCACAUUUUGUUGUGUUACAGCCUGAAUUUUAAAAUGGAUUAAAUUCAUUGUUUGUCACUGUCCUCAGUACUCUAUAAUGUCAACGUGGAACUAUGUUUUCAGAAAUGUUUACAAAUGAAUAAAAAAUGAAAAGCUGGAA